AUGCUGGUUUUAGAUAACCGAAGCUCAAUCUGGUAUCCAUCUAACAUUGUUGUCAAACUUAUUGUCAACAUUUGAGCACUUUGCGAACGGACCUUGUCUUGCGUUUACGUUAUUUUGUUAUGGAAAUUUAAUGUAAAUUAUAUUCGUUUAACUUAACAUAAGAUUCCUUCGACCACAAUGACGCGACAAGUGUGCCUGAUUACAGUAUUUCUACUGCUGAUGUCAAUGUGGUCCUCCCUAGCCCAGAACAAUACAGGCAACACUUCGACUCUGACUGAAACCCAAACCCAACUGGUAUAUGUUCUUCAGCAACUGAUGAAGAAUGACCACAGUUUGGCAACACAACUAGGGCUGCUGGUGAUGGCAGCUAAUAACACGCAGGAGAUUCCUGCAGCACAGGCGCACGUCAACCCGCUUUUGAACCUUCUUCUGAAGAGUUUAGGUGACAUGCUUAAAAAUCCCACCCCACCCGUGACAACUAACAAUAUCAACGGAAGUCAGCCACCACCCAUGGGACAAAGUCAGGCCCCACCCUCUGGGCAGAAUAAUUUACUAGACACACUGACACAGUCUGCUGUGCUGAGAGAACUUAUGGCUCUUGUAACAAAACAAAUUAUUGAAGGACAGCAGCAAGCCAAACAAGGGAACAUCUCUGUUGACUCCCCUUUAAUGUUCAUCCACCCCCUUCCACUGGUACAACAGCUGUUGGCCUCAAUGCCAGCGCGAACGGCCGUUCCAUUGAAACCCUCAGGCUUGGUCAGUGACGUAUGCUAUAAUGACGUCAUGACUACCUUCGAUUCGCUCGUGGCAAUGAAAAAGUGGGCUGUUGAUAUGAUUGACGCAACAGGAAAGCCUAACGCUGGUUUGCAGAGGGGUUCCUUCUAUUUCUUGGGGUCAUACGACCAGUGCUAUCAGAUAAAACCGGAAAUCAAGGCUGGUGACGUUAUCGGUGGAGUCAAUGUGACGUCAUCGCGAUCAUUUUCAACAAAGUUCUGUCGUGCCAACAUUCCGAUACCGGACAGUUUUGUGGAAUCUCUUCAUGUGGACACGCACGGUAUCAGGUUGAAGUUGAUCAUGGGUCUGUGUGUGCCAGAAACGUGCCAUAGUGCCGACAUGGAGGGUCUGUUCAAAUUAGAUGCCAUCAAGCGGUUGAACAUUCCGGUGGAGUCCGUGCAUUGCUAUGAUGAAAAAGAUCUAUCUGCGGAUAAGUCGGCCAUAGCUGCCAUAUGUGUGUUGUCGGUGUUCGGAUUCCUUGUCGUCUGCGGAACGUUCGUUGACGUCAUCCGACGUCACCAGUCAGGUGAUCGAAACCCGGAAAUGGCAGCCGUAGCGGCCAAAUACACCCCUAAUCGUGAAACGAAUGAAUAUGCCAACAUAACUAAAAAUGGUCAAGAUAAUGUGAACAAAGAAAACGCAAGCAACGACAAAAUUUAUGUUAACGGCUUUCCACCUGACUUUAUGCCCCAUAAGGAAUCAUACAAGGGUUUGUCAACAAUACCCAAUGGGGACAUGAUGUCAACAGAAAAACACAUAAAUGGCGACACCAUAAAUCCACGUGUCCAAAAUGGCGGCGUUUCUAAAUCCGAAAACAGACAAUCCAAACCAAGACAGGGAAUAUUAGAGCGGGCAGUUGUCUGCUUCUCUCUCUACUCUAACGUUCCCAAGAUCCUACAUGCGGCAUCCGGCGCAGGCGCAGUGAACUGCAUACAUGGCAUCCGGUUUCUAAGCCUCACGUGGGUUAUGAUUGGACAUACGUUCAAUUAUGGCAUAAUCUCGCAGGACGAGACCUUCACCGCAGACAAUCUUCUGGAUUUCGUGCCCUAUUACCAGAGGUUCACAUACCAAGCUGUAAUAGGAGGAGGGUUUGCAGUGGAUACUUUCUUUGUGCUAAGCGGCUUUCUGGUGACCUGGCUACAGCUGAAGGAAAUGCACAAGCGAAAUAAAUGCGCCCUCGGUGACUGGAUAAUGUACUACUUCCACAGGUUUUGGAGAUUGACGCCGAUAUACAUGAUGGUCCUGAUGACGUUCGGGUGUCUGUAUCAGUACAUGGGGUCGGGACCGUUCUGGCCAAGCAAGCUCUGGUCUGCCGAACACUGCAAGACCGUCUGGUGGACCAACCUGCUCUAUGUGAACAACCUCGUGUCAACCGAUGCCCAGUGUAUGGGGCAUACGUGGUAUCUGGCAGACGACAUGCAGUAUUAUGUCAUCACACCCAUUUUUCUUGCACUUAUGUACAUCAAACCGUUGCUAGGGGCGCUGUCAACGCUCCUGUUGCUAUGUGUUGGAAUAGGAAUAACCUACUGGAAGGAGCACGACGUCAGCGGGAACUUCUUCUCAAUGAAGUCGGACGGAGGCCGGUACUGGAAGGAGGUUUAUACCGUACCCUGGUGCCGAGUCGGGUGUUGGGCAAUCGGCAUGCUACUGGGACUACUGAUAUGCAAGCGGGGAAACAAGCCAAUAAAGAAUAGGGCUCUAGUUCUCACUGGCUGGAUGGCGGCUGCAGGUGCAGCCUUGGCGAUCAUCUAUUCACCAUACGGAGAGAACAAAGACGGGGGCGAGGUUUGGACGCCUACUCAGAGGGCGUUUUACGAGGGAUUUGGGCGCCCGGCUUGGGGUCUCUGCAUUGCGUGGGUGAUAUUUGCCUGCCAUACGGGAUGCGGAGGCAUAAUCAACUCGUUGCUGUCGUGGAAUGGCCUGAUUCCUCUCUCCCGCCUCACGUACGCCGCAUAUCUCGUCCAUCCAAUCGUCAUGGAGGUCUACUUUUCCUCGCGGAGGACUCUUUUCCACGUCAAUGAUUACAGUAUAAUAUACCUGUUCCUGGGCCAUUUCGGUAUGACGUACAUGGUGUCGUUCGUUGUAUCGCUGAUGUUCGAGGCCCCGGCAAUGGGAUUAGAAAAAGUCCUGUUCAGACCAAGUCGAAAGUCUUAACUGACAUGACAUGUAGAGAUCUGUGGAUCUGUUAUGGUUGAUGUGUAUUUUUGUGCAAAUUUUAAUUACUGAUGUGAUAAUGUAUUGCUAAAAUGUAUGACCGUAUGUGUAUAUUAAGAUCUUAAAACUGUAAUAACUUCGCUUCAUUUUGUAAUUGACAUCAAUUAUGAACCAGUGAUAGUUAAUGUACAUUUUGUGCAAAUUAAAAACUACGUAUGUGAUACAAAUUGCAAUGUAGUGCCGAAUUUGCAUAUGGAACUGUAACGAACUCCCUGUAACUCGCCUCAUGUCGUUAUGGACCAUCAAAACGAAAGUUUGCAGAGAAAGUAGGUAAAACUACGAAAAUCUUCUUCUAAAUUGGAUCAAUUUAUUUCCAAAAUUACGGAUGUCUAGUAUAAUUAGUUCUAUAUUUAGAAUAUUUCUUACAUAAAUUCGUUUAAGCAAACAGCGGAGAUCCUGGUGAUGCGGCGUCUCAUCUGGGUCUACGCUGUUUGCCAAGGCCAUUUUUUGACGCUAUGCUUUUAUAAUUAUUUAAAACUAUUCCAUAUAUGACACUCUUCUUCAAACAUGGAUAACAAAUAAAUGCUAUAAAAAUACGAAAAAGGGUGAACGAUUCUUAUUAUUUCCCAAUAUAUUUCCCAUGUAUUUUAUAUUUUGAAAACGUAAUUUGAAUUACACGUUUAAUGUGAGUUAUUCCUUUCUGAUCUAUGCAUGCACUAAUUACAAAUACUGUUUGAUCCACUAUGAUAUAAAUAUGUAUUAUCUUAUACGUUGACUCAUUUAAACCUUAUGUUUGCACAAUUGAACUGUUCUUUAUGAAAACUACGUCCUAUGCUGUAUCAAAACUAGAAGCAAUAUGAACUAUUAAGAAUUGUAAAAUAUUUCGGACCCAAUUAAGCUUUGAAUGCAGAAUACCCUAAGAAAAGAAAACAAACGAAGGAACAACCAUAAAAAACGCAUUGCAGUUCAAAAACCUUAACAUACGCUGGUGUACAUUUAAAUGUUCAAAUGUUUGUACAUUUUUAUAUACAAUGAACUUUAUUUUGUAUUCGUGUCUUUGUAAAUUUGUAACUGAGCAUUUGUAACAGUUGUUGUUUUUGUUUAAGUUGUUGUUGUUGUUUUUUCACAGUUAUAAUCUCUUAGUAUGUUCAUAUGUACACUUUCUGUCUCAUUAAAUUGUAAAUUAUCUGACGAAAAUCCUGCCUUAUGUGAAAGGACGUAAUUCGUUUACGCCAUUUGCUUGUAAUUGCAAAGAGAAGUAAAUCCUUCACAAUUAUUCCAUAAUGCAACAUGUGUUUGAUCCCAUGAAGUCUGAUCUGAUUGUUAAGUAAAAGUGUUUAUAAUCCGAUGACACUUUAUCAACCUGUUGAGUAAAUUAAAACAAUAUUUUUGUUUUUAACUGAAUGUUUUGCAAACACGUAUGCAAUAUGCAUUUAUAAAUCUUGCGCAAAAUUACAUACAUGCUUACAAAUACGAGGGGUUCUUAAAUACAUGUGACAUUUAUUCAUUCAACGUUACGUAUUGAGUUUUCAAGAAACCAAUAUCUUUGUAUUGUGUCUGCAAUAUUACUAGAUUUUUUACCUUCAGUAAAUGUUUGUAUCAUGUCUAAAAUAUAGAUAUAUGUAUGUUAUAUAAUAAUAAGAUACGUAUUGUAAAUAAGAGGCGUAUAUUUUACUUUUCAUCAAUAAUUUGCAUGUUUUAAAGUUAAUGCACUAAGCAUUUUUAACGAAAAGGAGUUAUCAAAAAAUUAUUUUUGAAUAAAACACAUCCUUUAUGUAACAUUACGCUUUUUGAAUUCGCUUGAGUUCAAAGUUAUAAUAAAUAUUUCUUUAAA